AUGCCCACUCUGGCAAAUCAGACGUGUCCUCGAAUCAAUCAGAUUCUCUUCGAUUUUCCUGAUGACGUUGUCAGGAGCAGCAAGAUACUCAGACGCUGUACUUCUAUAAUGAGCAGCAUCGAUCGGAUAGUACAGGUGAAUGGAAUACAUCGUAACACCUGCCUCAUUUUACAAGCCGGAGCACAAGCUUCCAUGCGACUUGGUUACUACAUGACUCUUCCCAGAAAUUGGAACUCCCUGGUAGAAGUGCCUUUCUGUUUGGCUCUCAGUAAGACAGGCAGAUGUCCUCGUGCGUUGGAUGCAGAGCAUCUAACGUUAGUAGAACGGUGGUUGACCCUACUGACUGAAGUGCUGGAACCAUUCCAAAACGUCAGCCCUAGUCAGCUGGAAGCUAUUGCACCUAGUCAUACAGUUUCGAGAAAUGUCCAUGAUGGAAUGCUCCAUUCAAUAGUAAGUCCACCUUUGAAUCUGACCCAAAGUAGCGUUUACUCUUUUUGCUGGGAUAACAUGUGCAGCAGGGAUUUCCCCUGA